AUGGCCAACGACGAGUACGAUUUCCUAUUCAAAGUGGUGCUGAUCGGAGACUCGGGCGUCGGAAAGUCCAAUUUGCUCAGCCGGUUCACGCGCAAUGAGUUCAACCUAGAUUCCAAGUCGACCAUUGGCGUCGAGUUCGCCACAAGGUCCAUCCAGAUCGACAACAAGACCAUCAAGGCGCAGAUUUGGGAUACGGCGGGCCAGGAGCGGUACCGCGCCAUCACCUCAGCCUACUACCGGGGCGCCGUUGGCGCCCUGCUCGUCUACGACAUCAGCAAGAGCCUCUCGUUCGAGAACGUGACGCGGUGGCUGAAGGAGCUGCGGGACCAUGCCGACAGCAACAUCGUCAUCAUGCUCGUGGGCAAUAAGACAGACCAGCGGCACUUGAGAGCCGUGCCGACAGAGGACGGCAAGAACUUUGCUAGCGAGAAUGGGCUCUCCUUCAUCGAGACAUCGGCCCUCGAGGCGACCAACGUCGACCUCGCUUUCCAGAACAUCCUCACCUCCAUCUACCAGAUCGUGUCGAGCAAGAGCCUGGCGGAGGAAGGGGCAGACGUCGGCAAAAAGUUCGAUCCGAGGGAAGGGAACAACAUCUCGCUCAGCCAGGAGGGGACGAAGCAGGAGAAACAGGGCUGCUGUUGAUUUCUGGCUCCGUCACGGUUGCAUGGCGUCGCUUAUGUCUGAUACGAACUGGGAAAUGCUUACGGCCAUGGGGGACACGGAUCUGCUACACCUCUUGGGAUGUUUGGGGCGGUGAAUACUUGAGGGGGGUUGUUCUAGUUUUCUCCCUUUUGUUAUGCUUUCCCAUGUGCUGGUCUGUUGGGAUUUGAUGGUUGUCUCGAACCAUCCUUGAUGCAUGGGUUACGAGGCGGUUAGGCAGCUGAAUGGACCCGGGGUUGAUACCCGUUUCCAACGUACCGUGGGCAAGGCGACUCAUUUCGCUAAGCCACCCACUCUCCUGCGGUGGGCGACCUGAACCCGACUAGCCCACGUGUAGGUCUAGCCGUGGGUUGACCGUUGGCCAUGAU